AUGUGCAAUGUCGUUGAAAUCGUUCCAGAUAAUCCUAUCGUCAUCAUGCGUUGGGAUGGAUAUCAACCGGAAUUACCAGCAAUCAUGUUAAAUUCACAUAUGGACGUAGUACCAGUAGUCGAAGAAAAAUGGUCAUAUCCUCCAUUCAGUGGUACAAUUACACCUGAUGGUAAAAUAUACGGUCGAGGUACUCAGGAUAUGAAAUCAAUUGGUAUCCAACAGUUGGAGGCUAUUCGAAGAUUAAAAUCACGUGGAUGCAACCAGUUGCGUCGUACAGUUUACUUGACUUUUGUACCUGACGAGGAGUUAGGUGGUGUGAAAGGAAUGAAACCAUUUGUAUUGAAUCAUAAUGAAUGUAAUAAUCAUCAUUCCGAAGAAAUUAGAUUUCAAGAUAUGAAUAUUGGGCUUUGUUUAGAUGAAGGUAUACCAAGUUGUUCAGAGGAUUAUUUAGCAUUUUACGACGAACGUCGUCCAGUUUGGAUAAAUGUACAUUUUCAUGGUAAUGCUGGUCAUGGUCUGGCUUUAAUUGAAAAUACAGCCGCUGAAAAAUUCCGGAUAUUUUUAAAUAGGUAA